AUAACUCCGUCCCUUCCGGCCUUCCCUCUAUCUUUCGCUCGCUCUCGGCGACAGCUGGGCGACCGUCGUCGCCGCCGCCCUUCUCUAGGUGCCCAGGUCUUCGCCGGUCCCUUUGCCGCCUCUUCGCCGCCGAUGAGCACCAGCCAGGAAGAAAAGAAGUUGAACCAUGGGGAAGAGAAAGUCAGCUGCUAAGCCACCUCCUAAGAAGCGGAUGGACAAGCUUGACACUGUCUUUUCCUGCCCAUUCUGCAACCACGGGAGUAGUGUUGAGUGCCAAAUUGACAUGAAGAAUCUGAUUGGCGAAGCAUCUUGUAGAAUCUGUCAGGAAAACUUCAGCACAACUGUUAAUGAUAUAGUGAAUGGAUUGACGAGUGUGAGCGUGUCAACACUGUUGAAGGCGACGAUGAUGCGUGAGCUUGCCCCAUGCGAUGAAACUGUUACCUACAAUCGUAAUGUAAUGUGCUGGUAUUCUCGAAUGCCAUAGCCCAUAGUCAGCCAUGGCUUGGAAUAACGUAGUGGCUGACUGAUAUGCCAGUAGGCACCUUAUCUAGUACUUACAGAACUAAAAAAAGUUUGUACUAUACAUAUAUGGACAACCUU